UUUCUCUUUAUUUACGCAGAAUUUCCGAUUCGAAUAUUGUCUGAUGAUGGCCGGUCUGCUGCAGAAAGAGGAUUUCGAUGAGCUGUUGAAAUGGAUUGGGGGACGGAGGAAGUUCCGACUGUUGUACAAGAUCACUAGGGACGGAUGUUCGGCGACCACCUUCCACUCCAAGUGUGACGGCAAGGGAAUGACCGUCACGGUGCUCUAUAACCCCAGCGACACAGUGUACGGGGGGUUCACCUCCCAGAGUUGGACCAGCGCCGGGGAAGUCUAUAUACAGGACCCAAAGGCUUUUCUGUUUCAACUGAAGUUUAAUGGAAAAUCUUCUUAUAACCAGUUCCCCAUAAAACCCGAACAAAAUGUCCAUGCAGUUUACUGUCAUUCGGGGUAUGGGCCAACAUUCGGAGGUGGUAAUGAUCUUUACACAUUAAAUGGAAAUGCGACGGCUAGUAACGGAGUAUUUACCUUAAAUGGUGGAUGUAACCUUAAUCAUACCUACAACAUGAAAGGAACAGACUACAAUGCGUUUGCCAAUGGGAACUUGCAAGUAAAAGAAAUGGAGGUUUACCAAGUGGAUGAUUACGACAUGAACGAUCCUUUAGAAAUUCCCUGGAGAAGAACCCCGGAAUGGACAACAAGGCUGAUGCAAGAGCUGAAAGAAGAAAUAGAAAACUACAAGCCCCUGGAACAGCUCAAGAUCCAGCAGACGAAGAUCCUGUUGAUUGGUCAGAUCGGGGCGGGAAAGUCCAGCUUCUUUAACACGAUCAACUCCAUCUUCCGGGGCUACGUCACAAGUCAGGCGUGCAGCGGUACAGCUGAACACAGUCUGACCACACAGUAUCGGUCGUACCAGGUUAGGAAUGGUCCGUCUGGCAAACCUCUUAACUUCCGGUUGUGUGAUACACGUGGUCUGGAGGAGGGGCAGGGAAUUGAAGCCCAGGAUGUGUGUUAUAUCUUGGAUGGCCACACCCCAGACAAAUAUGUGUUCAAUCCCACGCUUCCACUGAGCUCAGAUAUCGCAGGAUUCGUCAAGGCUCCCAAACUGAAGGACCGGAUUCACUGUGUGGCCUUCGUUCUGGACGCUUCCUCUGUUGACGUCAUGUCGGAGAAGAUGCUGGAGAAAAUCAGAAAGCUCCAGACAGCGAUGAACCAAAGAGGUCUUCCUCAAGUUGUUUUACUGACUAAGAUUGAUAAGAUAUGUGCGUCUUUGCAAGAUGAAUUAGGACUGACGUACUACAUUCCCAUAGUCCAAGAGCACGUGGAUAAAGUGGCGGCGAUGAUUGGUCUUCCUAGAUCACACGUGAUCCCCGUCAAGAACUACGAGAGUGAGCGAGAACUCAACAACAACAUCAACAUACUGAAUCUGUUGGCCAUGCAGCAGAUUCUGCACUUUGCAGACGACUUCCUGUACAAUUACCUUGACGACCUGGACGACGAACAAAUAAGCACUGCCGACUAAUUUGAACGUCAAGUUGUGAUGUCGUCGUUGAUUCAUAGGAAUUGCAAAGUUAUUCUAAAGAACUUUUCCAGGUUGCAGAUUGUUAAAAAUUACGUGAGAGAUGUAUGUCAUUUUAUAGAGAAGUAGGAAUUGUGACAAAAUGUGUGUAUAAUCUUCAAAUUCGGAGCUCACUCUCUCUAUCAUGAAUACGAAACAAUUCCGUUGAAAAUGAUAAGAUUUGCAUAAAUGCUGAUGAUAUCUGAAUGAGCUAAUAAUGAAUUCUAGUAUUCUAGGAAUAAGGAAUUCAUUUAGCAAUCCACACACCGUUUUUUAACCGGGUUUUCCAA